AUGGUGGCUCCUAAGCUUGCAAAUCCAACCUUAUGGAUUUGCCGCGAAGAACAGUUCUUUGAAUUUCAAAGGACAUCAUUGGAAGAUCAAGUUAAAUUAGCAGCCUAUCACUUAGAGAAGGAUGCUCAGUUGUGGUACCAGCGACGCAAAAACCAAGGACACUUGGUUACUUGGGAAGGAAUGAAGGCGGGAUUACUAGAGAGGUUUGCUAUAACUGAAUAUGAAGAUUUCUUUGGAGACCUAUGCAAGCUUAAGCAGACGGGGACUGUUUCAGAUUACCAGACUCGGUUUGAGAGACUUCUAGCUCGAGCCGGUACCUUGACAGACAAACAAGAAGCUGAGUGUUUUAUUAGUGGACUAAAAGAUGGGCUAAGGGCUGAUGUGAGAGUCCAAAACCCCCAAAGUCUAUCCUGUGCAAUUGGGCUAGCACCCGAACUCCAAAAGCGGGGAGAACAAGGUUUGUGCUACAAUUGUGAUGAAAAGUACACAUUGGGUCAUAAAUGUAAGAAACUAUUCUUCAUUGAAUUAGAAGAAGAGGAUGAAGAGACCAUUGGAGAGGAAUAUGUAGAAGAGACACCGGCUAUCUCUUUACAUGCCUUGGCGGGGGUCCAAUUACCACAAACCAUACGUGUCCACUCACAAAUUGGUAAGACACCAUUAACAAUUUUAAUUGAUUCUGGUUCCACUCACAAUUUUUUGCAUCAUAAAUUUGCCAAAAUCAGUGGACUCAAGCCGGAAAGAGGCUGCUUGUUUAACGUGGUGGUCGCUAAUGGGGAAAGAUUGUCAAGUCCGGGACGUUGUAGUGGAGUAAAACUAUCCCUGCAAGGCAUUCCAAUUGAGGUAGAUUUUUUCUUGCUUCCUUUAGAAGGUUGUGAUGCUGUUCUAGGAGUACAGUGGUUGGGUACUCUUGGCCCGAUUUUAUGGGAUUUUGGAAGGAUGCAGAUGCAGUUCACUCUAGCUGGGCGAAAGGUGCUGCUACAAAGUUCAACAUCAUCAGAACUUCGAGCUCUCGAAGGUGAAAUUGUUCCUAGAACAUUAAGGCAAAGUGAUGGUAGGGGAAUUAUCUUACAGUUGUGGGCAAUCCAGCAAGAGUAUACAGAUCGUGAGGAUUUACUGCCUGAAACAAUGGGGCCUUUACUCAUUGAGUUCAGCAACCUGUUCGAAGCCCCUAUCGGGCUACCACCUCCGCGCUCUCAUGAUCACAGGAUUCCUCUCCAGACAGGAGCAGGACCAACUUGUGUACGUCUGUAUCGAUACCCGCACUUUCAGAAACAAGAGAUUGAGCGCUUGGUGGAGGAGAUGCUAUCACAAGGUAUAAUUCAUCCUAGUCAAAGCCCAUUCUCCUCUCCAGUACUUUUAGUACGAAAACACGAUGGGAGUUGGAGGUUUUGUGUAGACUACCGAGCACUAAACCGGGUGACGGUCAAAGAUAAGUUCUCAAUUCCUAUUAUAGAUGAAUUAUUGGAUGAGCUACAUGGCGCCAAAUUCUUCACCAAACUGGAUCUCAGAUCCGGGUACUUCCAAAUACGGAUGAAUCCUCUUGAUGUGCAUAAGACAGCCUUCCGAACUCACCAUGGGCACUUCRAAUUUCUGGGGACUAGUUUCAACUUCAGUUCAUCUUAUCACCCCCAGACAGAUGACCAAAUAGAGGUAGUAAAUCGAACUCUUGAGAUGUACCUGCGUUGCUUUACUAGUUCAAGACCCAAGGAGUGGGUCCAAUGGGUCCCUUGGGCCGAGUUCUGUUACAACACUAGCCUACAUGCUUCUACUCGCAAAACUCCCUUUGAAGUGGUGUAUGGAAGAGAGCCCCCCGAUUUGCUUUCCUAUGUUCCAGGUACGUCAAAGGUCGGGGCUAUAGAUGACAUGCUCCAAGCAAGAGAUCAAGUGGUGAAAGACCUAAGAAGCCAAUUACAACAAGCACAAGCUAGAAUGAAGGCUGCUUAUGAUCAAGGAAGAGUCGAGAGAGAAUUUGAGGUGGGUGACUGGGUAUAUCUGAGAUUACAACCUUAUCGGCAAACUUCGUUGGCACUGAGAAGAUCACAUAAACUAUCCCCACGAUUCUAUGGGCCAUACCGGGUGCUGGAAUGA